AUGCCCGUUAAUGCAGAAAUAAUGACGGGGGAGUUUGCAAUGCCAGCGAGUCAAUCGGGGGAGCUUAAUAUAAACGACGAGGUGUUCUUGCGCCAGAACGAAUAUGAGUUGAUAGGCGCAGACAUUAUGGGAGCGGAAAACAUGGGAGGUUUUGAAGAAUUGGCCAGUAAUAUAUCAUCGAGAUCGUCGUUGGCGAACUUGCCUGUGGUCGGUCAAACGACUUAUUCCACCACUAAUACGACGCCCGAGAUGUCAUCACCGCCCAAGCUGCAUCCGGUCUCAGGACACUCGUUCAGCUUGCCUAUUGACCAAUUGAACCUCUUAUCAUUGAAGUCGAUGUCAUCGACGCAGUCGUCUAAAUCACCCUCGCCUGAAUACAACCUAUAUAGCGUCAUACGAGAGAAUGCAGAAGAAGAGAAGACAAUUAACCCAAGACAGUUGUUCAGCGAAGAUAUAGACAUAGGGGUAGCUUCAGCAUCAGCAGCAUUAGCUUCAUCAGACAAACAUACAGAUGAGACAGGAGAUAUUGGUGCCAAAGGAUACAUAUUGCCAUCGUCAUCGUCGCCGUCGCUAUCGUCAUUUUUUGACGGUACCCAAAGGGCACCCUAUACAAAGACGAAAUCACACUCGAUAUCAAUGGGAUCAGACAUCACAUCAUCAAAAAAGUUUGACUUCAUAAUGAAUAACGAGUGCUUCAACGCCAUUCUGUAUUGGAUCAACGAUACCUUGCAGAACGUUAAUUCAAAAAUGCACGAUGAUGACGAAGAGUUGGGAGGAGCUGAAGAGAUUAUGGUUAACCCCACAGGUAUCAUCAAGUCUAAUUACUACAAGAGGCGGAAUUCGAUUCAACUUGUGACACCGUCGAGCUACAACCAGCAUAGUUCCUUUGACGAUGAUGCCAAAGUCCAAAAGAAGAAGAGAAGAAAGUCGUAUAAUUAUGACUAUGCCAAAACAAUGACUAAACAAGACAUCCCAGCAGUACCUGCUCCUAGCAACCCUGAGUCCGUGGCCCCUACCCAUAAUAGACACAACUCUGACACCGUUAAAGAACCUUUAAACGAAACCCGUAAUAUCUCCAACGACGAAGACGAGCAGGACAAGCCAUUCCCGUGCCCCGAUUGUGCUAAGCAAUUCAAGCGGUCCGAGCAUCUCAAGAGACAUAUAAGGUCUGUACAUUCCAACAUACGUCCAUUCCAUUGCAAGUACUGUGAAAAGAAGUUCAGUAGGAGCGACAAUCUCGCCCAACACUUAAAGACUCAUUACAAAGUAAACACAAACGGAACGACCACCAUAAUCUAUGGUAACCCUAAUUUACACAAUAGAGGCGGUAGAAAGAAACACUCUGAUUGA